CGCGCACGGCGACCGCUCGUCCCUUGGCUGUACCUCCUGGAAGACAUCCAAUCUCAUCAGAGGGCCUUUUCCCAGCUUCACAAGUCCCUUGAAGAAAGUCACUGAGCAAAGAGCCAUUUGGUGUCCACGUUCUCCCAGUUGGGAUGCUGGCUGACUCCUCUUCCAACACCUAAGACUGAGAGAGACCCUGAGGACACAGCUAGAGAUGCCAUCAGAACGUUGCCUCAGUAUUCAAGAAAUGCUGACAGGCCAGAGACUUUGCCACUCAGAAUCUCACAAUGACACUGUCCUGGCAGCACUGAAUCAGCAAAGAAGUGAUGGCAUUCUCUGUGAUGUCACCCUGAUUGCUGAGGAACAGAAGUUCCAUGCUCACAAGGCAGUCCUUGCAGCCUGCAGCGACUAUUUCCGGGCAAUGUUCAGUCUUUGUAUGGUGGAGAGCGGAGCUGAUGAAGUGAAUUUACGUGGUGUGACCAGCCUCGGUUUAAAGCAGGCUCUGGAGUUUGCAUACACAGGACAGAUUUUGUUGGAGCCAGGAGUGAUCCAGGAUGUCUUAGCAGCUGGCAGCCACCUACAGCUGUUGGAGCUUCUUAAUUUGUGUUCCCACUAUCUCAUCCAGGAACUAAAUAGCUUUAAUUACUUGGAUCUGUACAGACUUGCUGACCUCUUUAACCUCACUUUGUUGGAGAAGGCAGUGGUUGAUUUCCUGGUGAAACACCUCUCUGAACUGCUGAAAAGCCGCCCAGAAGACGUGCUCACACUGCCUUACUGCCUGCUGCAGGAGGUGCUGAAGAGUGACCGCCUGACCUCCCUGAGCGAGGAGCAAAUCUGGCAGCUAGCUGUGAGGUGGUUGGAACACAACUGUCACUACCAGCACAUGGAUGAGCUCCUGCAGUACAUCCGCUUUGGCCUCAUGGAUGUGGACACACUGCAUACAGUUGCCCUGUCCCACCCUCUGGUCCAGGCAAGUGAAACUGCAACAGCCCUUGUCAAUGAGGCUCUGGAAUAUCACCAAAGCAUCUAUGCCCAGCCUGUGUGGCAGACGCGCAGGACCAAGCCACGCUUCCAGUCAGACACUCUGUAUAUUAUUGGUGGGAAAAAGCGUGAAGUCUGUAAAGUCAAGGAACUGCGGUACUUUAACCCCGUGGAUCAGGAGAAUGCUCUCAUAGCUGCCAUCGCCAACUGGAGUGAGCUGGCUCCCAUGCCUGUGGGAAGGAGCCAUCACUGCGUGGCAGUCAUGGGGGACUUCCUGUUCGUAGCAGGAGGGGAAGUGGAGCAUGCCAGCGGCCGGACUUGUGCAGUGAGGACUGCCUGUCGCUAUGACCCUCGCAGUAAUUCCUGGGCAGAGAUAGCACCUAUGAAAAACUGCCGGGAGCAUUUUGUGCUGGGUGCCAUGGACCAGUACCUCUAUGCAGUCGGGGGCAGGAAUGAGCUCCGGCAGGUUCUGCCUACGGUUGAACGAUACUGCCCUAAGAAGAACAAGUGGACUUUUGUGCAGUCCUUUGACCGGUCCCUUUCGUGCCACGCCGGAUACGUGGCUGACGGACUUCUUUGGAUAUCAGGUGGAGUAACUAACACGGCACAGUAUCAGAACAGACUAAUGGUGUAUGAACCUAACCAGAAUAAGUGGAUAAGCCGUAGCCCCAUGCUUCAGAGAAGGGUCUACCACUCCAUGGCUGCUGUCCAAAGGAAGCUCUAUGUUCUUGGAGGCAAUGACCUAGACUACAAUAAUGACCGGAUUCUUGUACGCCACAUAGAUUCUUACAAUAUUGACACUGACCAGUGGACACGUUGUAACUUCAACCUAUUGACUGGCCAGAAUGAGUCUGGAGUUGCUGUCCACAAUGGGAGAAUAUAUUUAGUUGGUGGAUAUUCAAUUUGGACAAAUGAGCCUCUGGCUUGUAUCCAGGUACUAGACGUAAGCAGAGAAGGCAAGGAAGAAGUGUUCUAUGGACCCACACUCCCUUUUGCUUCCAAUGGAAUUGCAGCAUGCUUCCUUCCAGCCCCCUAUUUCACAUGCCCUAACCUUCAAACUCUUCAAGUGCCUCAUCACAGAAUUGGUACCAUCUGAAAAGCCAAUGCUCUAUUAAUACCCAUCAUCCACAGGGUGAAAACAAGUUUGACUUUCAGACACUGGGCAUGAAAAUCCUCAGUGUUCAUGCUUUCUGGUUUGGUUUUAUAGGUCUAAUAUUCAGAUAUUAUUAGCAAGAACUGAACAAUUUUCUGAAUACAUUGUCAAGAACUUCUGCCAUUCUUUUCAGUUUAUGUCAACACACAAUCUGUAAGUUGCUGUGUUGUAGUUUAGUACCACCGUAACAGAAUAUCAUUGUUCCACUGGUCUUUAACACGUUCUUUGUACACUUUUUCCAAUCAGUGCUAUCUGGGAUAAGUGCUAUCUGGGACCACAAAGCACUGUUAGUAAGACAGUUGUUUCAGACAUGGUGCCAGCGAUCUUAGUCUUCUGUACCUACUCCUUUUAUUCCUUUACCAGUGGCUUGUAAUUGUUCAGAUUCACCAUGCAGCUGUUUUGGCAGAGACAGGCACUUUGACAGCAUACAUUUUUAAGUGCCAUAUUUUACUCAAUGUGAAUGGAGUAAUAGAACUUGGAAUACUUGGAUUUUUCAACCUUGAUUACGUUGACCUUGCUAAUAAUUUUAAAGUGCUUUAGUUUCCUCACCUUCUAGAGAGGAUAAUUACUGAUUUUCAUUUUAAUUCAAAGAAUGUUGUGAGGGUUAGGCUCAGAAUUUUACCUAAGGUAAGAAAUGCUACUCAAAUUCUAAGUAUUUUACUAUCCUUAGAACCCUGUAACUGAACCAUAUCACUUUUCAGUUUAUAAAUCACCACAGAGCUUGGAAAACAUUCUAUGGAAUAAAUGAUUCUGAAAAGCA